CGCUUCCAUCUCAUCCUUCCUUCCUCAACAAAACCUUCCUUUUAAAACACAAAACGCCUCGUCGUUUCUAGAACCGACCAUGGCAACCAUGGCUACAGCUCUCACAUCUCUAUCCACAAAGAGCUCUCUCUUUGAUUCCUCCGCCUUCUAUGGCACUCCGGUGGCUGCGGCACCACCUUCUCUCCGCAUGCAACCAACAAAAUCAAACGGAGUUUCAAUUUCUAUGUCGGCGAACACACCAUCAUCAUCCGUUCCACAGUACAAUUUGAACAGUUUUAGAUUUGACCCAAUCAAGGAAUCCAUAGUGUCCCGUGAGAUGACGCGCAGAUACAUGACAGACAUGGUGACUCACGCCGAUACCGAUGUAGUGAUUGUAGGUGCCGGUUCUGCUGGGCUCUCAUGUGCUUAUGAGCUCAGUAAGAAUCCAUCUGUUAAAGUCGCCAUCGUUGAGCAAUCUGUUAGCCCUGGUGGUGGCGCUUGGCUCGGUGGCCAGCUCUUCUCUGCCAUGAUUGUAAGGAAACCUGCUCAUCUUUUCCUGGAUGAACUGGACAUUGAAUACGAUGAAGCAGACAACUAUGUUGUAAUCAAGCACGCUGCCCUGUUUACCUCCACAAUCAUGAGCAAGCUCCUUGCCCGUCCUAAUGUCAAGCUUUUCAAUGCUGUGGCGGCUGAGGACUUGAUAGUGAAAAAUGGUAGAGUUGGUGGGGUGGUUACCAAUUGGGCUCUAGUGUCAAUGAACCAUGACACACAGUCUUGUAUGGACCCUAAUGUGAUGGAGGCUAAGGUGGUUGUGAGUUCUUGUGGCCAUGACGGACCCUUUGGUGCCACUGGAGUGAAGAGACUUAAGAGCAUUGGUAUGAUCGAGAGUGUUCCAGGAAUGAAAGCUCUUGAUAUGAAUACUGCUGAAGAUGCUAUUGUUAGGCUUACUAGGGAGAUUGUGCCUGGAAUGAUUGUUACUGGCAUGGAAGUUGCUGAGAUUGAUGGUGCUCCAAGAAUGGGACCAACAUUUGGAGCUAUGAUGAUAUCAGGGCAGAAAGCAGCUCACCUUGCCUUGAAGGCAUUGGGGCUGCCCAACGCGCUCGAUGGAACAUUCACCAUCCACCCAGAGUUGAUGCUUGCUGCAGCUGAAUCUGCUGAUAUAGCCGAUGCUUGAAUGGUGGAAAGAGCAGCAGCAGCAGCAGCAGCAGAAGAAGAUUACAUAAAAUGAGAUAUCAGAUAAAUAAUAGAAUGUAAACACGGGUUUGGUUUUGUAGAAAUGUAUCUGGGGAGAGAGAACCAAAUGGAUUUGGUUUCAUCAUUUUGUUAAUAGUAAUCUUGGUAUCUCGAACUUUGCUGGUGGAAAACCAUUGGUGUUCUCCCUUGGUUGCUUCUUUUUUUUUUUUUUCUCUAAAUUCCUUUGUGGGUUAUUGUCUUUCAGUCCAGUAUCUGCAUGUCCUUGGAUCAUUUGCAAAUUGUAAUAGGAGCAGUUCUGUUUACCGCACAGACCUCUAUAUAUAUAUAUUAUACAACGGUGUGAAGUUGGGAGUCGAA